AUGCUAGUCCGUCUAGCUCUCUUUGGGCUGACCGUGGCCUUUACCAUUCAGUAUUUGAACGCCUGGCCGUUGGGCUUCAAGUCAGCCUGUCGAUGCCGUCCUGGAGAAUCAUGCUGGCCGACUCCGGCUCAGUGGCAGACUCUUGGCGACUCUUUAGAAGGCAAGCUUCAGCUCUUGCGCCCCGCUGGAGAGGCCUGCCUGCCCAGUUCCAACACUCCUGGGAAGUGUCAAGAAUUUGUAAAUAACUUUCGCAACACGACAUGGCGGGUUCUGGAUGCAGCCGCCUUACAAGUCGUCAACUGGGAGCAUGACCGACGGAAUCAACAAAGCUGUCAUGUCAAUGAGGCCAAUGUCACCGAGCAUUGUGACCAGGGACGGGUAGCGCGCCACUCGGCUGCCGUGAUGUCUGUUAUGGAUGUGCAGGCAGUUGUGCGCUUCGCAGCUAAGCAUCAAAUCCGUCUCGCGGUGCGCAAUACCGGUCAUGAUCUGGCGGGUCGCUCUACAGCUCCAGACUCGCUCCAGAUUCAUACAGCUGCGCUCAAGGGCAUCCAAUUCACCGAGUCAUUCCGGCCCACGAUGCCAUGGGGCCAGAAAGCAAGCUCGCAAGGCCCUGCAGUCACUGUCGGUGCCGGAGUGAUGACCGGGGAACUCUAUUCGGCCGCAGCUGAAGGCGGUUACGUGGUUGUAGGGGGUAGUUGUAGCACUGUCGGUAUUGCAGGAGGGUGGAUGCAAGGUGGUGGAUAUGGAAUCCUUAGUCCUUCUCGAGGGCUUGGGUCAGACAACGUGCUUGAGGUCAGCCUGGUGACAGCUGAGGGCGCGUAUCUCACCGCGAAUGAAUAUCAAAAUCAAGAGCUAUUCUGGGCUAUUCGUGGUGGUGGAGGUGGCACAUUUGGGGUGGUCACCAGUGUCGUUUUCCGCGCAUACCCGGAUGCUCCUGUGACCGUCACCACCCUUGAUGUGAUGAACCCCGACGGUGCUGAUAAAAACUUCUGGAAUGGUGUUGAGAAGCAUUUGCGCCUACUGCCUCGGUUCAACGAGCAAGGUGUCGCCGUGCAAGCCUACGCCAUGCCGGUCUUCCCCCUAGGCGGUGCAUGGCUGCGCAUUGAAAUCUAUGCCGUGGAGAGCUCCACGGCCACAGCGAAUUUGGUUCACGAGCUUCAGGCAUCGCUGCGUCGGCUUGGAUUGAACAUCCAGGCUUCUGAAGAGUAUUUUGAGAAGCUCUCGACCUAUUUGGCGAUUCCCAAAGGCUUCGACCAAGCCGGUGUAGGCAUCAUGACUGCCUCACGGCUUGUCUCUCACAAACUGAUGAAUUCCCCAACCGGCCCCAAUCGUCUCGCCCAGACUUUGUCUAGCUUGAAGUACGCACCUGGGGAUGUUCUGAGCUUCGAAGGAAUUGCUGGUAAACAGGUCAUGGCGAACAGAGAGCACAUUGACAGCGCGGUGCACCCAGAUUGGCGGGCCGCUUUGAUGUCGCUGACUCUUGGACGGGCGCUGCCCCCCGGACCAAACUGGGAAGCCUAUGAUGCCAUUGAGAAGGAGUUGUCAACCAUCCAGCUGCCUGUCUUAGACUCCCUGGAACAAGGCCAGCGAGGAUCGUACCUGGGAAUUCCCUUUCCGUACGAGCAGCAACCGGCGAGAACUUUCUGGGGAGACAAUUAUCCCCGGUUGAGAGAUAUAAAGCAACGCUGGGACCCGCAGAAUCUGUUCCUGACCCGUUUGGGAGUGGGAAGUGAAGACUGGGAUGAUGAAGGUACCUGCCGGGUUGCUCUAAAUUCGAUCGUCUUGCAAGAAGUUGUCAAGAUGACCAGGCCAUGGUUCCGGAGUCUCAAAGAAAUCCUGUAA